AUGGCCUUCCACCUUAACUCCCCUCCCCUCUUCCCAUCCCGUCCAGGACUCGACCUGCUCGACCUGGUGUGGUCAGCCCAUGCUCGCAGCGAUCUACCCUCUCUCGAUGCUCUGCUCGCCCAGACCAUCGCCCUCUGCCAUCGCCACAUGGCUUUCCAUGCCGCUGCUGUCUCUGCUGGUCCCUCCUCGCUCUCCCUCGCACACGCCUCCCCCGCCGCCACCGCUGCUGCCCUUGCAUCGGCCCGCUACCACUACUGCUCGCUCGCGUUUGUUUCCAAGAAGCUUCCUGAAGCCUUUGGUCUGCGGCGCACCAGGGAGGCGUCAGACACUGCCACGUCAUCAGAGAGGCUCGGAAGUGCCAACCUGGAUCGGUUUGGAGGUUCGGAGACCGAGGCUGAGAUAGAGCGGCUGUUUGUGGGCAGCAUUCAGCGAAUGGUCAGCUCCGGUAGCAGCAGAGAGAAUCCAAGGCACCUCAUCAGGUUGCUGGUGCUGGGAGCAGGGUACCCUUCGGUGAGGGUGCAGGCAGCAUCUCUCCUCCCACCGUGGCUCUCCUCUACUCUGCACGCCCGCUCUGCUCGCCUGCUGCUUGAAAGAGUCAUAGCUCUUACACAAGGCACCACUGCUGCUGACUGGCGCACCUUAGAGCACCUGCUCAGCAUCAAGGCAAAGGGGUCGCAGCAGGGAGGCAGCACGUUGCCGAUGGAGAUAGCGGCGCAGAUCGUCAACAUCCGCCCCGAAUACGCUGCAUUCGUCAUCAAGGCUGAUGGGCUGGAAGGAACAGGAAAGAUUCGUUUUUGUGAGUCAAGUAACGCUCCCCUUCCACUCCUUGUGUUCCCGUUCUCAUCUCUCCCAGACGCUUUUGCUGUGGGAGAUUCGGAAAGAGUCACCCCAUCACAUGCGAGUGCUCGCAGCAGCAGUCAGGGCGAUGACUGGGCGGGGUGA